UUUAAGUCGUCAUAGACAAACAAUCAUUUAAUUUUUUUUUGUAAAAAGAAAAGACAUAGAUAAGAUUCCCCCCCCCAAUAUACGCAAGAAGUCAACAAACCUGUGAAAAACCUCCGUUUUCUUCCGGCUGUCAGAAUCAGUUUUAAGUUUAAAAUUUGACAGAUUCAAGAUCGAACGCUGACAACGUUUUUCCUCUGUGUACAGAUGCAGUCUGCGAUGGAAAAGAGGUACAGAUUCACAUGAAGGCUCGUCUAGCUGGUACACAUAUCAUUGAUGGAGCUACAUCUUUUGCAAAAGUUAAUGACAUCUGAUUUUCUCAGGGAUAGAGAUUUAACGUGUAUCUUGUACAAGAAAAUCAACCUUUGUAACCGUUUCGAAUUAUUUUCAUGACAAAUACAAAGCACUGAAUAGAUGGUAGACAGAAAAUGAUCAGACCGCGUCUAGAUGAUAAUCUCUCAGUCGAUGUGAUUAUGAGAAUAAGGAAACUAGCCACAAUCGGGGCUCUUAUUUUAGUGUCGGCCUGUUUUGGACUGUAUCUGCUGCUAGAUAGAGCUCUCAAUGAGGAUAGAAAAAAAGUGAAAGGAAAUACAUUGUUCCAGCCAAAUUUUAAUGAUAUACUCGAAGUUAGAGCCUACAAUGACAGUAAAGUACUAUACAGACCGACCAAUCUCCUCGACAAAACACCGUUUAAAAUUCCAUCUACACAGUGUACAUCACCAGUUAUAAAUCCUAAAGUUAAUAUUCAGAUGGGGAAAGUGUAUCAGAAGCUGAAUUUUAACAAUGUUGAUGGUGGUGUGUGGAAACAGGGAUGGAAUGUUCAAUAUUCAAGUUCUCAAUGGAAUGAAAACAAUAAAUUAAAAAUAUUUGUAGUCCCCCACUCUCACAAUGAUCCAGGAUGGAAGAACACAUUUGAAGAAUACUUUAAACAACAGACACGCUCCAUUUUGAAUAAUAUGGUCGAUAAAUUGAUGGAGGAUGAACGCAGGAAAUUCAUAUGGGCAGAAAUUUCAUUUUUUUCUUUAUGGUGGUCAGAAAUUGAUAAGGAAACAAAAGACAAAGUAAAAACUCUCAUAAAAAGACACCAGUUGGAAAUCGUAACUGGCGGCUGGGUAAUGAGCGAUGAAGCCAACUCACAUUAUUAUUCUCUGAUCGAGCAGCUCAUGCAUGGCCAUCAGUGGCUUUUAGAAAAUCUUGAAUAUCGACCCAGGACUAGCUGGUCGAUAGAUCCUUUUGGUCUUUCCUCCACACUUCCAUUUAUUCUUAAACACUCUGGAUUCUCAGCUCUAACUGUUCAAAGAAGUCACUAUUCAGUCAAAAAGCACCUUGCUAAAAACAAACAGCUAGAAUUUAAUUGGAGACAAUUAUGGGAUGGUGAUGGAGCUAAUGAGUUACUGACACACAUGAUGCCUUUCUACAGCUAUGAUGUUCCGCAUACAUGUGGGCCAGACCCGAAAAUUUGCUGUCAAUUUGAUUUCAAGCGCCUCCCAGGAUAUGGUUUAUCAUGUCCUUGGAGGGCAUCUCCCCAAGUUAUUACCGAUAACAAUGUUGAAAAAAGGGCCAUGAUGCUACUUGACCAAUAUAGGAAGAAAGCCCAGCUUUAUUCCACUAAUGUGCUACUGGUCCCAUUGGGUGAUGAUUUUCGUUAUGAUCAUGAUUCAGAGUGGGAUGCACAAUAUGGAAAUUAUCAGAAACUUUUUGACUACAUCAAUAGCAACCCAAGCAUGAAUGCUCAGGCUCAAUUUGGGACACUUUCUGAUUAUUUCAAUGCUCUUGAAGAAGCUAAACCUUUUCAAUAUUUCCCAAGCCUUUCUGGAGAUUUUUUCACUUACGCAGAUAGAGAUGACCAUUACUGGAGUGGGUAUUAUACUUCUAGGCCAUUUUAUAAAAGGAUGGACAGAAUCUUAGUCUCUUUUAUGAGAGCAGCAGAAAUACUGUUUGCACUUGCAACAAGAAUGGAUAAAAGUUUUGAAGCGUGGCCCAGACUUUAUUCAAACCUAUCUGAUGCCAGAGCAAGCCAUUCUUUGUUCCAGCAUCAUGAUGGCAUAACUGGAACUGCAAAAGACCACGUCGUCCUUGAUUAUGCUAUGAAAAUGAUAGAAGCAAUAAAGCUAGCACAGCAUGUAAUUCAACAAUCCGCCCAUUUUCUUCUUUCAAAAGGCCAGGUAUCACAGACUGGGGAGGAAGUUUUUUUUCUAGUUGACGAGGACCAGAAGCUGGAAACUGCAAAGAUGUCAGAACAGUUUAUUAUAAUAUUUCCGUAUGGUAUUUCUACCAAGCAGGUCACAUUUUUCAAUCCCUCCACUUUUAAAAGAGUCGAAGUUGUCCAUUUAAAAGUUGAAAACACGCUUGUCCAGGUGAGGGAUAUGUACGGACGAUUGUUGAAAUAUCAGAUAAGUCCGAUUUGCUCUCCAUUUGAUAGCACGAUGAAGUGCUAUCAGCUUUCAUUUAUCGUUGACAUCGAGCCACUUUCACUUAAAACUUACACCAUUGAACUCGGAGAUGAUAACCAGGAUUCUUAUACAAAAUUGAAAAUAUUUGAUGACAGUUUAUACCAUACAUACAAGGAUUGGCCUUUAAAAGAAAAAGCAUCACCGUCAGAUUUUUCAAUUGAAAAUGACAAUUUUACCCUUGUGUUUACAGCUCAAGGAUUUUUAAAAUCGGCCACCAUUAAAUCUGCAGACAAUUCUGCUACAACGCCAAUAAAUCUCAGUUUUAACAAAUAUAAUGCAAGAGGUGGGGCAGAAAGAAGUGGGGCUUAUUUAUUCUUGCCAGGUGGAAAUGCAAAACGAGUGCAGUUUACAAGUACGAGAUUGAUAGUUUUGGAAGGCAUCCAUUUUUCAAGAGUGAUUGUUUACACAUCUGAAUUGACUCAUGUUGUUACACUUUACAACAUUCCCGGAGCUGAUGAUUUUGGUGUUGAAAUACAAAACCUCAUCAACAUCGUUAAGAUAAAUGAUAACUAUGAGCUUGCAAUGAGAUUUCAGACAAAUAUAAAAAAUGGAGAUGUCUUUUCUACAGAUUUGAAUGGUGUACAGAUGAUUAAAAGGAAUACUUUGAAAAAACUACCAAUUCAAGGCAAUUUCUAUCCCAUGCCAAGUGCCGCCUUCAUCGAGGAUAGUAGAGUUAGAUUGACACUGCUGACAGCGCAGCCUCUUGGUGUUGCUGCUCUCCAUCCCGGCGAAAUUGAAAUAAUGCAAGACCGUAGACUGCUUCAGGAUGACAACCGGGGUUUAGGACAACCCGUAAUGGAUAACAGGCCAACUUUGGCCGUAUUUAGACUUCUACUGGAACCAGUCAUACUGGGAUGUCAGAAGAAGGCUGAAUCGCCAUGGAGUUCAUUGUCUACAAAUGGAGAGAUCGCUUCACAAAUCAUCACGUAUCCAAUAUUGAAGAUGGUCUGGGUUGGAGACUCGAGGGCUCCACUUCCACCAUUUUAUUCUCCAAUUAUUCCCGAGAUGGCUGUCAAUGUCCAUUUAGUUCUAGCCCACGCUUUGAAAAACUUUGACACUGGGAUUGUUCUGAAGACAUCUACCUUGGACAGUUGUUUUUCUUCUGUUCAAUCAAGUGGAAAAAUGCAUUUUGACAUUGGAAAAUUUCUUCACUCGCCAACAUCCAAGGUCUAUGAAACAACUCUCACAUUUAAUGAAAUUGGCCCUGUAGUGGACCCAUUAAACACAAAAAUUUGUGAAAACACUUUGAAGGCAUACUUUGUAUAUAAUGGAAGUAAUUGAAGUGUGCAUAACCAGACAAAAAAAGCUGGCAACAAUGUGAAUUUGUGAAUAACCAAUUGUAUAUGUUUUUUAGUGAUUUGUGGUUUUAUAAAUGUUCAUAAUCUGAGCUGUAUAUACCUGAAAUACCUUAUUUUUGAGAUAGUCAUUUCAUUGCACUGAAAGUGGGAAAUGUAAGAAAAUAUGGGAACAUAAUAUUUCAUUUUCCAACUUCGGAGUAAGGAUCAUAGAAUUGAAAUUCAUUUUUAUGAUCUGGUUAUCUUUUAGUCUGUAUAUGAAUGUAAAUCUAUUCUUUUGAAGAAUAUUAAAUUCUAUGUUUCUUGUCGAAAAUAAAGACAUUGUUCUUUAUUAUUACAAACUUAUCUACUUUUUAUACACUUGUUUUGUAAUUGAUAAUCAUGGAUUUUUGUGGAAUUUAGCUUCUAGUGUGUUUUUGGAAAUCAUCCUCUUUAAUGUAAUAUAGUAUCCAUUGAAAGAGAAAAUAAUGUUCACAGUUAUGUGCAUAUUUAUAACAAAGACUGUUUAUAAAUUGCUAUUUGACUGAUAAAUAAUAAAUAAAUAAUUACGUUUUGUGCUA